AUGAGAGAACUUAUACACAUACAAAUUGGACAUUGUGGUAACGCAAUCGGAACGCAAUUUUGGGAAAUAAUUUGUAGAGAACAUGGAAUUGGUGAAAAUGGCGCUUUCAUUGGUAAAAAUAAAAGUUUCCUGGAAAGAUUUAGCGUCCUAUUCAACGAAACCAAAGGAUUACAUUACACGCCGAGAUCCGUCAUGAUAGAUUUGGAAAGAUCAUCUAUCGAUUCGAUAAGAUGUUCACAAUUCGGUGCCAUUUUCAAACCGGAUAAUUUUAUCUUUGGAAGUGAAGGAGCUGGUAACGUAUGGGCCAAAGGUCAUUUCGUAGAAGGUGCGCAAUUGUGCGAAAAUGCAUUGAACGUAAUAAGAAGAGAAGCGGAAAAUUGCGAUUGUUUUCAAGGAUUUCAAAUAGUACACGGUUUGGGUGGUGGUACCGGUUCGGGUUUGGGAUCACUUUUGGUAGCGAAACUUCGAGAAGAAUAUUUAGAAAGAGGAGUUUGCACGUAUAGCGUCGUACCAUCACCCCUACUAUGUAACGUCGUAGUCGAACCUUACAAUGCCAUUUUCACGUUUAAUCAUUUGAUUGAAUACAGUCAUCAAACAUUUUGCAUGGACAACGAAGCUUUGCAUAACGUAUCGACGAACGUUUUGAAAUUAAGUCAUCCAUCUUUCGAUCAUUUAAAUUCACUUGUCGCCAUGGUUAUGGCUGGAGUUACGGCUCCAGUAAGAUUUGCCGGACCCUCAACGACCGAUUAUAGAAAGUUAAGAGUUAAUUUGAUACCAUUUCCAAGGCUCCAUUUUUUUAUAUCCAGUUUUGCUCCGCUAACGUGUAGAGAAAGUCUUUCCAGUAGAAAAUUAAACAUUCAAGAAAUAACAGCACAAAUAUUUAACCCGCAAAAUAUGCUCGCUGCUUGUGAUACUAAAAAAGGAAAAUAUUUAACGGUUGCUUGUUUGUAUCGCGGUACGCUUUCAACAAAAGAAAUAGAACAACAAGUUUAUAACAUUCAACUUAAAAACAGUUCACAAUUUGUCGAAUGGGUACCAAAUAAUGUUAAAACGGCCGUUUGUGCCGUACCUCCUAUCGGUUUUCAAAUAUCGGCAACUCUAAUAGCAAACACAACGUCCAUUCGCGAAUUGUUUCGAAGAGUUCGCGAACAGUUUUUAACAAUGUAUAAGAAAAAAGCAUAUUUGCAUUGGUAUACUGGUGAAGGAAUGGAAGAAAUAGAAUUCAAUACGGCAGAAGCAAAUGUAAACGAUUUGAUGUUAGAAUAUCAAGAAAACGAAAAUUUAACCGCUGGAAAAUCUAAAGAAAAAUAA